UAGCACUAGGGAAGAAGGAGUAUUUGUACAAAUUUGUCCUAGCAUAUGGGACGAGGAAUGUGCCUUUAUCUUUGUGUCUUUCAGACACAGACAUAUUAAUAUGAUCCUAGAGAGUCUCAAUACAUAAAUAAUUUAUCAAGAAUUACUGGUUCAAGAUAGCCACAAUACACAAGAUGGGGGUUGACAAAUCGUCUGCGAAUGGAGAGACGGGAAGAGUCAAAACGGAACCGGAAAUGAACAAUGGUUCCAAUCAGAAGCAGACGACGGAUAGAAAACGUGUCACUAAUGCAUCCACCCAGGAAAAGUCAUUGGAUAUUCUGUAUACUGUGGACCAGGUGCCGCCAUGGUAUUUGUGCAUUUUUCUAGGAUUCCAGCAAUUUCUCACCGCGUUCGGUGCCACAUUCGCAUAUCCGGUGAUAAUUAGCAGCGCCAUCUGUAUUCAGGGCGAUGACGUAGGACUAGGGGAGCUAAUCAGCACAGUGAUAUUUGUCUCUGGAUUUUCUUCCAUUAUCCAGACCACAUUCGGUAUCAGACUACCCAUCAUUCAGAGUAUCAGCUACUCCUUCAUCGUCCCCGCCUUUGUUGUGAUGUCCGUAUCUCCAGACAAUUGCCCCUACACUGAUCCUAAAGUCAACAAGUCGACAUUACCUCCCCUUGCUUCUGAACACCACAGGCUGAUAUGGAAAUCUAACCUCUGUCAGCUGCAAGGAGCCUUGAUGGUAGCCUCUCUGUUGUCCAUAAUCAUUGGAUUCACGGGUUUGAUCGGAUUCCUGAUGAGGUACAUCGGACCACUGACCAUCGCCCCGACCAUUUCUCUCAUCGCUCUCUCUUUGUUCAAAGUGGCCGCAGACAAAGGGUCAACGCAGUGGUACAUUUGUUUCAUGACCAUUGUUUUGGUCGCCAUAUUCUCACAGUAUCUACGGAACGUUGGUAUUUCCUGUCCUUGCUUGCCAGAUAAACUUCGAAUUUUCGCCUUAUUCCCAGUACUUUUAGCUAUUGUCAUAUCUUGGAUUAUUUGUUUGAUUCUUACGGAGGCUGGAGUGUUUCCAUCAGAACCUGACGCUAUUGGAUACAAAGCCAGGACAGACAUACGAGUAAAAACUCUGGAAGACUCUUCAUGGUUUAGAUUUCCUUAUCCAGGUCAAUGGGGAGUACCAACGGUCAGUGUAGCAGGGGUCCUGGGUAUGCUAGCAGCCAUGUUGGCCUCCAUUAUUGAAUCUGUUGGUGACUACUACGCCUGUGCGAGACUCUCUGGAGCGCCGCCUCCACCAGGGAGCGCUGUAAGCAGAGGUAUAGGCAUGGAAGGAAUCACGUGUCUGCUGGCAGGGGCCUGGGGAACUGGAGGCGGUAACACAUCUUACAGUGAGAAUAUUGGCGCCAUCGGCAUAACUAAAGUCGGCAGUCGUGCAGUGAUACAAGUAGCUGGACUUAUCAUGAUAGUCCUUGGGUGUCUAGGGAAAUUUGGGGCUCUCUUUGUGUUGAUACCGGAGCCAAUAAUUGGAGGCUUGUUUUAUGUGAUGUUUGGUAUGGUUGGUGCCGUUGGCAUUUCCAAUCUCCAGUAUGUAGAUCUGAACUCUUCCAGAAAUCUCUUUGUCUUUGGAAUCUCAAUAUUCUUUGGAUUAAGUGUGCCCAACUGGGUCGCCGACAAUGGAAUACAGACAGGGAACUCGUUAGCUGAUCAGGUCUUAAAAGUUCUGUUUGGAACUAGUAUGUUUGUAGGGGGCGUGCUUGCGUUCUUUCUGGAUAAUACAAUACCUGGUACAAGAGAGGAAAGGGGGCUGUUGGAGUGGAACAAGGUCAAGGUUGGAUCUGAAGAUGAAGAUCUCUCGGUCUAUGACCUCCCUUUGAUACAGAAAUAUCUGAACCGUCUAGCAUGCACUAAGUAUAUACCAUUCUGUCCUGGCUCUAUUCUUGACAAACACGAGGAACCAUUCGCUGGCAUGGAGAGUCAAGAGUUACCGACGUCAGUUUCUGAAAAUAGACAUUUGGAAACUAGGAUUUAAUAGACAUGCUCAAAUAAUGCUUAUAAUAAAGAGAAAAAAACCCACUGUUCCCAAAGUCAUUCUUCAUCACAUGACAUUUUGUUGAAAAUCACUCCUGAUUAUGGAAUGUUGAAAAACUAUAGAGUAAUAAUGCAUGAAUGAUUUGGAUUGCACUUGCAUAUAUUCUUUGUUAGUUAUUUCUUUUCAGAACCAGUUUCCCCACACAAUACACAGACAAAAAUGUUAUAAAACUAUUUGACAAAAAUAAUAUGUAUGUAAUAUAUGUAUGGCUGAUAGUGUAUAUGCGCUCUGGACUGACGAUUGAUGGUCUCGAUUGUACUAAUACUUGGCCGUCCUUAAUAAUCUUAAAAUAUGUAAAACAAACAUACAAUAGAUCUACAUUUAAAACAACAAUUAUUCAUUAACAACCAAAUUUCAAGAAGAUGUCAGUAUCUGAUUACGUUCAUUUAAAAUAUAAGCCAAAUUAAUGAGCAUCAAUUAUAUUUUUGCCACCAUUUUAUCCUAAGGACAAAUUCGUACAAAUACUCCUUCUUCCCUAGUGCUAUUAGAGCAUAGAAUGUGUCGUCCAUGUCUAGGUCUAAAUCUAUCCACUCUUUGCAUCGGUACCCUAUUGCUAUAGAAUGUGUUUACCCGAAGGUAGAGUAGAGCAGGGGUUCUCAACCUGUGGGUCGCGACCCCCUUAGGGGUCGAUUGACGAUUUGCCAGGGGUCGCCUCAGACCAUCGAAAAUAUGGAUUGUUAUUGUUUACUCUUCUAUUGCUGUAUGUGUGUGAGUGGGGGAUUGUAGAAAGGGGUCGCCGAGCAUAAAAGGAUGAGAACCGCUGGAGUAGAGACUCGAGUGGAGAAUGCUUUUUAUAUAAAAUCUAGAUCUACAUCUCAAAUAAAUAGACUUAGUUUUAAACAUUCACGCCUUAAUUUGAAAAGUUAUAAUUCGAAAGAUAUGGAAUACAUCUAGUCUUGGCCAAUCAAAACAAUGCGCGCGAUAGGUUAUUUAUUUAUCUAGGGCAAGAUGACACAUCGGCCUAAUUGUUGCUGUACACAGCGAAAGACAAUUAGUGUAUUUAGUCUCUAGAUGAAAAAAAAAAAAAAGAAACAAUUUUUAGAUAUUAAACUUAAAGUAAAUGAAAAGUUGUUGUUUUUAAACCAUUUAAAUAUAGAAUCAAAUGAAUAAUUAUAUAUAUAUAUAUAUAGCUCCUCCUUCGUGAUCGAAAAUGGGCACAUUUCUCAAUUCCUAUGGACUUGAUGAAAAAUGACUGUUAAGUCCAAUCCUCGCUUUAAAAAGCCGGCCGCAGAUAGGCCUGCUUCUUCUAUCAGCUUUUGUUGGUUCGGCGCUCUAUCACCCUGGCCACUGUAGUCGACGACUAAAGACUUCGCGGUAAAACUGUAGGCCUACAUCUAAAAAUAGUUCUAGUAUUUCUAGUGUUUACUUAGAUCUAAUUGUAAGUUCAAAUUUUGAGAUAAUAAAAGCCAAAAUUAAGACUUACAAUGCAAGCGAAUGUACAGAUCUAAUUUAAGAAAAAACACACCUUUUGAAUGUGCAUUAAAUUAAACAAGCUAGUUUAUUAAUGGUCAGUAUGUUCAAUAACAGUUCUUCUUUCAGACCUUGCCAUCUAUAGGGCAAUAAGGUCAUCUGUUUCUUUGGCCAACAGUUUACGAGCAAGUUGUCUUGUGGUCAGCACAACGAUCAACAGCUUUUACUUUCCAUAAAUAAAGUCAGUUACCCAUUAGACUUGGGUGGACUCAGGGGCGCCCUAACAAUCCCAAUUUUUAAAAUCCCAGUCUUCACCGAGAUUCGAGCCCUGAAUCAAAGGUUCGGAAGCCAAUCGCUUAACCACUCAGCCAGGAUCAAUAUUAGACGUUUAAUAUUUAUUGUGUUCCCACAUGGUAACUUGAUUUGUAGCUGUGCGCUGUAAGAAUCACGCGAUAUUGUAAGGCUAUUUGGCCUAAAUCUAGUAACGUCUAAGAAGUAGGCAUUAAAAAAAACAACUAACUUUUAGGGUCCUUCGGUUAUGGCAGGGCUACUUUACAUAUCCUAAUAUCAGCUCUAUUAUCUAAGGAAAGCUUAUGUCAGGUUUCAAGUUUAGUCAAACGACUUUGAUUUCUAUGACAGACGUAUAUACACCUUUUAUUCAAUUCUAUAUAUUAGAUUAUUACAAAUUUUGUUGUUUGUUUUAGUUCAAGAAUAUAAACUAAUUACGAUAUUAGAACAAAAUGUUUUAAUUUAUUGCUUCAUAUUGAUUGUUGUUAUGGAGUAUAUGUGCGUGUUUGUGAUGUAACUAUAAGUAAAAAGGAGCGGAUGGUUUUGGUUGUGUAGGCUGAAGAGUUUCUGAUGAAACCACGAGUUGGUCUGUCGUAAUACAAACGAAGAUAGACUGGUAUGAAAGUUGAAAGGGAAGAAACUAGUAGGUGUCAUGUGUUAAUCUAGUCAUGCAUGUUUAUCAUUGGCUUAAACUUUCCUAAGUCA